AUGGAAGAUCAUGUCAAGGAACAAUCACAGCAUUUUGAACCAGAUUUAUCUAUAGAAAAAGCUAAAUCUGUUUUAUAUAUUCAUAAAGCAAUUACUUAUGAAAAUUAUAAUCCAUUAUGGAAAUCAAUUUUAAGUGUGACUUCAUUAAAAGAAUUUGAUACAAAUGUAUAUUCAAUGUUUGAUCAACAAAAUAUACUUGUAUUAUUAUAUGAUGAAAUAAUUGAUUCAAUUUUACAUAUUAUUGAUCGACUUGAUUUAAGCGUUGAUAAAGAAAAAGCAGAGGAUGAAAAUGAUGAGGAUACUAGAACAACUGAUCUGAUCUUCGACAUGCGACCUGUAAAAGCAAAAGAUUUUCGAUUUUUUUUUCGUAAUCUUGUCGAUUUUUUACCAACAACUUGUAUUGGUAUUGAAACGAUGGAAAAUGAUACAAAUGAAAACGAACAAAUUACAGCUAUUUGUGCACAUGAAAUACUGUCUCGACAGAAACAAUAUUGUAAUGAUUUACUUGUUUCAUAUUUACAAUUUAUAAAGUCAUUAACAUCAGAAUGUAUUGAUUAUGAUUUUGCUAAUUAUGUACAAGUUAUUCAAAUAAAAAUUUUGCCUUUUUUUUUGUUAGAUUAG